AUGCCCGCAGCAAGCACCAAAGCAAACUACAAGACCUACGAGGCUCAGGCCCGUAUGGUACGCGCCAUUGUCGCUGCUCACCCCGAGGUCAAGUGGAACUACAAAGAAAUUGCCGCUUGCUAUGGAUCCGACAUGAGUGAGCACGCUCUGAACCACCGAUUCCGUCGCCUCAGGGCGCAGGCCAUCAUCGUUCGCGAGGGCCGCAAGGAGGGAUUCGAUAUGAAGGACAUGAUUCCGGACGGAGACCUCCCAGCUACCCAAGAAGCGGUGGAAAAGAACAAUAUUGCCAAAUACUUUGGAGAGUCCACGCCGGACGGCAUAGGUUUCCAGUUCCGAGGCAUCAAGAAAGACGCCGACACCCUCCGCAAAGUCGAGAGCGAAGGCGGCGACGUCGCCAAAUGCCUCAACCUCGGCUCCGGCCGCGGCAGCGUCAUGUCCACCCCAUCCAAGCCCACCGCCUUCCGCUCGACGGGAAGCCGCACCGGCUCUGGCACUGGCCGCAAGCGCGCCCGCAAGCUGGAAGGCAUCAUCAAGCGCUCCGCGUCCGACGAGGAAGACGACGACGACGACGUCCUCGACGGCCACAACUGGAGCGAGCACGAGGACACGCCGACCAAGAAGCCCAAGACGGGAGGAGGAGCCUUCCCGGGCCAGAGGACCGGGACUCCCUCUCGACGAGCUGCUGCCCGGGCCAACGCUACGAUCGCUGAAGUCUCCGCGCUGCUCGACAACAGCGACUCCCAGCCCGAGAUGGAGGCUUCUUCUUCCGCCGGCCAUCAGCCCACCACCAGCGCCUCCUUCGUCCCGCGGGACGCGUCUCCCGAGCCAUCCUACAACCCCUUUGGCACCCGACCGGUCAUUGGCGUGAACACCGGACCUCCGACGGUGGCUGGUUACCAGUCCAUGGCUCAUUAUGCUCCUGGCUCUGGUUCGCAGUCUUUUUCCGCGUCCGUUUAUGACGAUCUGGGUGAUGGUGAGAUUUAG